UGUCUCCAGCUGAAACCUAACCGUCUCCAGAUUCUCUUCUUGUUCUUUUCUUCACUUUUUAUUUUUAUUCCGCACACCAUAGGGCGUCGUCGUUCUUUGUAGUUCUAGACCCCCAUCACGUCGGUCUAAUACCAGUCCUUCGUUAAACCAUAUUUCAUUUGGGCUCAUCGUGUCCUUUUUUCCUUACAGUCUCUUGGAUUUCGCAUUGUGUAUAUUGCAUAUACUCCUGACAUACUAGAACUCGGAAUAUCUUGGCGACAUCAGAUAUCGAGCUGAGCGGCGGACCGACCACUACUAAUUAAUCAUGACGACAAUAUCAUCGCCAAGAGGAGCGACAUGGCUCACAGCUCUCUUUGCCGCCGCAGCUUGUUUGCUGCCGGCAGCAAAUGCCCAAGGCUACGCAGUCGAUACCCCAGAUAACAUCCGUGCCUCCGCAAAAACUCUAGCGUUCGAUAUGAUGAAAUUUUACAACGGCAACCAGUCGGGCGAAAUCCCAGGUAUUCUGCCCGGUCCGCCCUCCGACGGCAAGGGCGACUAUUACUGGUGGGAAGGCGGCGCCCUGAUGGGCACCAUGGUUGACUACUGGCACUUGACCGGCGACACCACCUAUAACGAUGUCAUCACCCAGGGUAUUCUUCACCAAGUCGGCGAUAAUCGCGACUUUCAACCCUUGAACUUCACGGCCUCGCUUGGCAACGACGACCAAGGAUUUUGGGGCAUGACCGCCAUGCUCGCCGCCGAGACCAAGUUUCCCAACCCGCCCGCUGACCAGCCCCAAUGGCUUGCCCUUGCUCAGGCCGUCUGGGCCACCCAGGCCGCGCCUGACCGCCACGACGAUACUUGUAACGGUGGUUUGAGAUGGCAGAUCCCUCCCACAAACAAUGGCUACGACUACAAGAAUACCAUCGCAAACGCCAUCUUCUUCAACAUGGGCGCCCGUCUCGCCCGCUACACCCACAACGAAACCUACGCCACCUGGGCCACCAAGCAAUUCCAAUGGAUCUGGGACGUCAACUACAUCGACCACGCGUCCUGGAAAGUCUACGAUGGCGGGCACAUCGAGCAAAACUGCACGGACAUCAACAAGGCGCAGUUCAGCUACAGCGCCGCCAUCCUCGCCCAGGGCGCCGCCUUCAUGUACAACUUCACGGACGGCGACGCCGCCCAGCAAGACAUCUGGAAAACCCGCGUCCAGAAUCUCACCGAUGGUCUUUUCCGCGAUUUCUUCCCCAAAGGCGUCGCCUUCGAAAUCGCCUGCGAGUCCCGCCACGGCGCCUGCACGCCCGACAUGUUAUCUUUCAAGGGGUACGUGCACCGCUGGAUGUCGGUGGUUACGCAGGUGGCGCCCUUUAUGCGGGAUACCAUCCUCCCCAUCCUCAAAACCUCAGCGGAAGCGGCAGCAAAGCAGUGCACCGGCGGAGCCACGGGGCGAGUGUGCGGGUUCUACUGGUCCGAAGGUGUCUUUGUCGAUCCCGCCGUGGACAAGACUACCGGUGCGGGAGAGGCUAUGGAUGUUCUCGCGGCUGUGUCGAGUCUGCUUAUUGAUGAAGCCGAUGCGCCGGUGACGAAUAAGACGGGUGGUAUCAGUAAGGGAGAUCCGAAUGCGGGACAGGGAAGUAGGCGUGCUGUCGAGCCGGCGACGCCGAUUACUACGGCGGAUAAGGCGGGUGCGGCUAUUUGCACGAUAUUGUUGCUGGCGGGAGGGAUUGCGAUUUGGGUGUUUAUGAAUUUGGGGGAUUGAGGUGAUGAUUUGAUGAACGAGGAUGGAGAUUUGAGGGGGGGUGUAUCUGCAGUUAUAUUCAUGAUUUUGUACACUUACAUCUUUUGGGUUCUUGUCUAAGAGACGGGUAGAUCUUGGGCUGGCGUUAUGUCGAGGGGGUUCGUCUUCUUGUAUAUGAAGAACUUUUUUGAUACCAGCACCAUAUA